UCUUUUUCUUCUUUCCCUUUUUUUAACGCCGACAGGAGUAUUGCUGCCUUGUCAUUCCCUUUGGGAUUAUUACUGUCCAGUUGUCAGUCACUGCAGAGACUACGAUAGCUGGGCGGAACCGUACAGCUGCACACGCGGGGAGCUGUCCUCUCUUUGCCUGAGUUUUGUGGGACGGACAGGGAGAGCCGAUUUUCAGUCCCAGGGUCGCAUGUGCGAAGCGAAAAGCAAGUCCACGGUAAGGAUCUGGAUAAUGAACUUGAUGGCACCUGGCUUUUCGGUGAAACUGUAAGAGCAGAGAAGGGCUUGACAGCUGCUGGGCCUUCACAGAAACCUUGACAGAAAUCUCCGCCUUCUCAAGCAGCCCAGCCCUGCAGCUCGGCCCCGACCGCUGCUUCACGGACGCCCCAUGGCCCUGCUCGUGCACCUGCUGGCCUGCACCUUUGGCCUGGGCUCCUGGGUGGCCAUUAACGGCCUGUGGGUGGAGCUCCCCCUGAUCGUCAGCGUGCUGCCGGAGGGCUGGGAGCUGCCCUCCUACCUGACUGUUAUCAUCCAGCUGGCCAACCUGGGCCCCCUGCUGGUGACCCUCAUGCACAAGCUACGGCCGGGCCAGCUGAACGAGCGGGCGGUCAUCUACGCCAUCCUGAGCGUGGGCAUCCUGGCCUGCUUCCUCCUGGCCUUCUUCUGGAGGGAGACCACGGUCAUGGCCGGCAUGGCACACAGCACAGCCUUCCUGGUCAUCACCUUCUUCCUGUCCCUGGUGGACUGCACCUCCUCCGUCACCUUCCUGCCCUUCAUGAUGCAGCUGCCGCCUGAAUACAUCACCACCUACUUCAUUGGGGAGGGGCUCAGUGGCUUCAUCCCCGGGCUGGUGGCCCUCGGCCAGGGCGUGGGCAUCUCCAAGUGCGUCAAUGUCACGCAGUCCAUCGAAAACGGCACGGAGACCCUCCAGAGCCCCCACGCCAUAGAGACCCAGUACCUCCCAGCAAACUUCUCCACAGAGGUCUUCUUCUUUUUCCUGGCCGCCAUGAUGACCAUGAGCCUGGUGGCUUUUGCCCUCCUCAACCGGGUACCCCGAAUGUACCAGCUGUCCACCGAAAAUCUGGUGGGUGACUCGGUGGCGUCCGUCUCCUCCGGCCUGGACAACCCGGCAGCAGAGGGUGUCCCUGGUGGGGGGAAGGGUGAGGAGGCGGGCCAGUCCAGGCCGCUGUUGUCCAAGCCGGGCUACACCGUCUCCCAGCUGGCCUUCAUCUACUUGCUGGUGGUGUGGGUGAACGGGCUGACCAAUGGGGUGCUGCCGUCAGUGCAGACGUACUCCUGCAUGUCUUACGGGACCGUGGCGUAUCACCUCUCUGCGGCCCUGUCCUCCAUGGCCAACCCCAUGGCCUGCCUCAUCGCCAUGUUUCUUCCCAAAAGGUCCUUGGUGUUCUUGGGCGUGCUCUCACUGGUGGGGACCGGUUUUGGGGCCUAUAACAUGGGCAUGGCAGCGCUGAGCCCCUGCCCUGUGCUCCAGGGCACUGCUGCUGGUAAUGCCAUCAUUGUGCUGUCCUGGGUCUUCUUUACCGGGGCGCUGUCCUACGUGAAGGUGAUGGUGGGGGUGAUUCUGCGGGACCAGAGCCACAGCGCACUGGUUUGGUGCGGUGCCGCGGUCCAGGUGGGGUCGAUGGUCGGAGCCCUGACCAUGUUCCCCCUGGUCAACGUGUAUCACCUGUUCCAGUCAGGGGACGUCUGCAACACCAAAUGCCCUUUGUGAUGGUCAGUACAUUCCACAGACUUUACAUGCCAGGGGCUGGCAUACAGGGAGUGCGGCCAGAACGCUGGACUGGGUGGUGGUGGUCAUGGGUUUCAAUCCAUUGAACCUCAAACAAGGCACUUCACAUUUGAGGCUCCCAUCAAAAAGAUUGUGAGCACCAAAAACAAUGUCAUGUACUUUAUGCUCGCUGUGUGAUGUUAUUGUCUAUGUUGUAAAGUGUAUUUACAUUUUUAUAUGUAUAAAUUAUGCACUUGUCUUUUCUUAAACAGUUAUGGAAUCAUGAUGGAAGAUCUGUGUACUAAAAACAAAAAAGAAAAGUAAAAAUAUUGGAUGUGGCAGGUAUAUGAAAAACAGAGUUGAUUCAUUUGUCUACAGCACAAUUUAUCAAAUUAAGAGAUUAGUUUGUGUUCAUGUACCAAUGCAGGGUUUUAUUUUUGCGUCUGAUAGUAUUUAUCGGAAUAAAUAUUGUCCAGCUGAUUUAAUUUAAUCUAUCAUCCUAAAAA